AUGCCAAGCUUCAGUAGGAUCUUUUUUGCCCUAAUAUCUUUGGCCGCCCUCCCUCUGACUUGGGCUAUAGUCAAUGGUCCUGUCAUUUCUGCCAACUUUCCUGAUCCUGCUAUCCUUGUUACUAGUGGGGGUACUUAUGCAUUUGCAACUAACUCCGGCAACAUCAACAUUCAGGUUGCAACGUCGACUGAUGGUGGUGUAACUUGGGAAUUGCAGUCUGGUGUUGAUGCACUCCCGAAUGUAGGGUCUUGGGCAACUGCAAACAGUACUUGGGCACCUGAUGUCAUUGACAGAGGGGAUGGAACUUUUGUGAUGUACUAUGCCGCAUGGUCGACCUCACACAGUACUCAUUGUGUAGCAGCUGCUACUUCCGUCACCCCUGUCGGACCGUACACUCCCGAGUCGCACCCCAUUGCCUGUCAAACUCCAGGCGGUGGUGCCAUUGACCCCGCAGGGUUCCAGGAUACCAACGGUACACGCUACAUUGUGUACAAGGUGGAUGGGAGCAGUCUUGGAGGAGGUGGACCUUGCGGGAAUGCCAACGGAGAAUAUUCUACUCCCAUCAUGCUUCAGGAAAUGGAGGCUGAUGGUAUCACGCCUACUGGGGAACCGGUCCAGAUUUUGGAUAGAGGGCAAUCCGAUGGACCCCUCAUCGAAGCUCCAGCGCUUAUCUUGCAUAAUGGAACUUACGUGCUUUUCUUCUCCUCGAAUUGCUACAACACCGAUCUUUAUGACAUCUCAUACGCAACUGCACCAUCUAUUUCCGGCCCAUACACCAAGGCUUCAUCGCCGUUGCUUAUGACUGGUGACGAUGGUCUCACAGCACCUGGCGGUGCGACACCACGCCUGGAUGGCGAGUUUAUGGUGUUUCAUGCAACCGUAAACACAAAUCCGUUGACUCGUUAUAUGUAUACGGCGACGGCGAUGUGGAAUGGGACUAUUGUGAGCACAUGA